UUCAAUCAAUCACCCGCACUCACCAACCUCUUCUCCAGCAGCUAGUCUUUUCUUCUAUAAAUUCCCCAUUGGCCUUCACCACACUACAAAUAAGUGAUCAUCUAAACAAGAUUGAUCGUAUAUGAGUUGUGAGGUGACGGAAGUGAAAGUGAACUCCAUGUCGUCGUCGGCAAAGAGGGCAGCAGAUUCAGAAAUUGAAACUCCGGCUGCCGAGAUGUCAAGCCCGGCUGGUCCGCCAAAAACGCCUAAGAGCCCUUUUGCUUCGCGUUUUAUGAGUACUCCUCUUGCCAGCCCCAUGAAGAAGGCGAUUGUAAACAUGCAAGGGUACUUGGAAGAAGUUGGACACUUCACCAAGCUUGAUCCACAAGACUCCUGGCUACCCAUCACCGAGUCGAGAAAUGGUAAUGUCUACUACUCGGCGUUUCAUACACUCAGUUCAGGAAUUGGAGUUCAAGCUCUCCUCCUUCCGCUGUCUUUCACCGUUCUGGGUUGGGCAUGGGGAAUUAUAUGCCUCUCGGUGGCUUUCAUGUGGCAGUUAUAUACUCUGUGGUUACUGAUACAGCUCCAUGAAUCACAAUCUGGGAUGCGCUACAGUCGAUACCUUCGCCUUUCCAUGGCCGCUUUUGGUGAGAAACUAGGGAAGUUGCUGUCGCUGUUUCCGAUCAUGUACCUCUCCGGCGGCACGUGUGUGACCCUGAUCAUGAUUGGUGGUGGAACCAUGAAGAUAUUGUACCAGAUUGUUAGCGGUAAUAAUACAAGUCCUUUGACCAUCGUGGAGUGGUACUUGGUGUUCACCGGCACGGCCAUUGUUCUUGCUCAGCUUCCUAAUCUCAAUUCCAUUGCCGGGAUUUCAUUAAUUGGAGCAAUUACUGCUGUAACUUACUGUACUCUCAUUUGGGUUGUUUCCAUUACCAGAGAUAGGCCUGUGGGUGUUUCCUAUGACUAUCCGGUACUUCCUCCCCAAGCAAAAUCUGAAACAGCUGCUUCGGUUUUCAGUAUUCUCAAUGCUAUCGGGAUAACUGUUUUUGCUUUUAGAGGACACAAUCUUGUGCUUGAAAUCCAGGGGACUAUGCCUUCAAGCAUAAAGAGUCCGUCGCGUUUGCCAAUGUGGAAAGGGGUGAAAUUUGCAUAUCUCGUCAUCGCAAUGUGCUUAUAUCCCCUUGCAAUAGGAGGAUAUUGGGCUUACGGAAAUCUGAUACCAUCAAACGGAGGAAUGUUAAAUGCUCUGAACAACUUCCAUGGACACCAUACGUCAAAAUUUAUGCUGGCUUUUACAAGCCUGCUGGUUGUGACCAACUGCCUAACCUCGUUUCAGAUAUAUGCAAUGCCGGUGUUUGACAAUCUGGAAUUCAGAUACACUAGCUGCAUGAAUAAACCCUGUCCACGAUGGCUCCGAGCAGGCUCUAGGAUUUUGUUUGGCUGCUUUGCCUGUUUUAUUGCAGUGGCACUACCAUUCUUGCCCAGCUUGGCAGGAUUGAUUGGCGGAGUUGCAGUACCUAUCACAUUAGCAUAUCCGUGUUUCAUGUGGAUACUCAUCAGAAAACCUCCAAAGCAUAUUGCAAUAUUCAAUUGGGUACUGGGAUCCUCAGGGAUAGUCCUUAGUCUCUUAAUUGUCACAGGAGCAAUUUGGAAUAUAGUAACCAUCGGAAUAGAAGUUCACUUCUUCAAGCCUGAAUAAGUAAUGGCAAAACAGCAUCACAGAGUCAAGUACUGAAGCUACUACAAUGAAUGCUGCUAAUGAAAUUCUACAACCAUCCUCGUGCUAAUGACCUGCUACGGAUCUGUUACAGUUGAUGCCUAGUAGUAUAACGAACCCCUAGUAAAGGAACAAACCCAAGCCCCAUCAAACCCAACCUGAUCUUAGAGACAGAGCAAACAACUUCAACAACUGUUCAGAGAUGUAGAUCGAAUAACUGUACAACAUGCUGCAUAACACUUUCAGUACGUAUCUGAAUGUAAUAAACUUUGUAACUUAUGUCA